GAAGAAGAAGAAGAAGAAGAAGAAGAAGAAGAAGAAGAAGAGGACAGAGAAGAAGAAAAAGAAAGAGAAGAAGAAGAAGAAAAAGAAGAAAAAGAACAAGAAGAAGAAGAAGAAGAAGAAGAAGAAGAAGAAGAAGAAGAAAAAGAAGAAAAAGAACAAGAAGAACAAGAAGAAGAAGAAGGAGAAAAAGAAGGAGAAGAAGAAGAAGAAGAAGAAGAAGAAGAAGAAGAAGAAGAAGAAGAAGAAGAAGGAAAACAAGAAAGGCGGAGGAGGAGAAGG